GCGUUGCACAGUCGCAGACGGCCGCGGAAAAUCGAAGCGCGGUGCGACGCCGCACACCGACGGAGAGCGCGUCCAGUGCGGCCGAGGCGACCCUAGAAAUUCUAGGCUAGAAUUCGCGACUUUCUUCAUCCUGACGGAAGUAGUGCGCGACCAGUAUGCAUUAUUUGUGUGACUCUGCGACCGGCGAACAGCCUAAAUUCGAUCGUUCCCCGCCCUCGCGACGAUGUCCUUAGAGCCGACAGGGAGCGGUGUGCUAUGUGUUCACGAGUGUGUCCGGCCCUCCCUCAUUAGCCCUCAGGGCAUUGCUGAUUAAUCGAUCGUAGUCACACGUUUGCGGCACCAAGCAGCCGAAGAAAUCGAACGUUGACAAAUCCUCGACUACUCGACUCGAAAGCGGUGCUUGCAGCCGGUCGUCGAUUAGACGGUCUCCUCGCCCGUUUUCUAUUCUAAUUCUGAUGCUAUUCUGGUACCGGUGGUAGCAGCCAAUAGGCAACGCGUUCACCCGGCUACGUUACGCUCCUCGUUCUUCUGCGUGUUCACUAGCAGCACCACCCCUUUCCCCGUGCCGGAGGCAGUCGCUCUCGGGGCAUCGCGUGUGAUAGAUUAAUCCUGCGUACCGCGCCACGUACACCGAGCCUUCGUCUCGACGUCGUCAUCCUUUAUUAACGCGCCUGAUCGGCUCUUAUCGUGCGAUUUCGCGUAUGUGUCCGAGUCGAUGUGUCCGUCAGGCAGCUGCGAUUACCCGGUCUGAAGCGCGGAAUAGUGCUUCUCGAGAAGAGCAGUCUACCUGGAUAAGCUGCCAGAACGAUAUCGGCAGGAUAACGUCCGCCGGAGGGAGGCUGCACGAUGCAGUGGCGUCGGCAGAAGAAGAUCACCCACGUGAUCGGCUCUUCGAAUCAUGUGCUGCUGUUAGCGAGGUACCAAGACGCUCCGCCCGGUGAAGAGGAUGAGGAGGAGGGUUUGCGGAAGGAAUACGUGAAGAGUCAGGAGGCGAAUGCGCACACCAUCGAUCGCAAUGGGCAGAGCGGUUAUAAACCACGGCGGUCCGGCACCGGUACCAGCGGCAGUACGAGCGGCUACGCCAGCAGUGGCUCGCGAUCGCACCGGGAUGAGAGCUCGGGCUCGCCGUCGCAGCCUAAGAUUAUCUUCAACGAGGACGAGUAUACGAGGAUCACGACGCCGCGGCAGGACGUCCUCUUCAAGAAGGGUUACUUGUCGCGCAAGAAGCCCUGGACUGGCAAUGCGAGCACUAGCGCCACACCGUCGACCACCGAGAGUCAAUCGGCGUCACAUUCCACCGCAGACGGCAGUGAAACUACGGAGGAUCAGCAGUUGUUGGAUAGGGACAGUGGAACGGGAGAAUAUCCGCCCAUGGUAGAGCCGGGAGCGCAACUAGGAUACGGAACGUUUUACGAUCACGCGAGCGGCUACUACUACGAAUAUCCUGUGAUGUUGGUCGGACCUGCGCCAGUACCUGCUCAAGUCGGACCGAAUGUUUUAGCAGCUGUACCUUGCGGCCCGGUGCCUUUGAGGCCGAUCGAGUGGAUCAACCCUGCCUUCGUGCCUAAACUUGCCAAUCAGCCAUACUGCUUAAUGGAUUAUCAGACUAGUCAAAGCACGGAAACAGCCACGAUAGUGGAGGAGCAUAACGGCACGAUGGUGACGGAAACUCCGAACGGUACGUGGAAUGAGAGUGGCACCGGUAGCGCCAGCUGCAGCGGCAGCGUGGCCGAGGAGAUCGAGGAGCAAACCGAAGAAAUGGACAACGCGACGACGAUGACUGAGCAACGGCAGCCGAAGGAGCAGCUCGUCGAGGAACAACAGCACCCGGAGCAGCAAUAUCAGCAUCAUCAUGAGCAUCUCGAGGGACAGCAGCCGCACUUGGAGAACGGUGGCGUGACGACGGCGGUGGAGCCGUACUUGGACCCGCUGUUGCUGCAGGAACCACCUCCGAUGCAUGUGUCGCACGUGGUGCCAGCCGUGCCACAGCCGUACAUGUAUCCCGGCCACUACAUGUUCGGUCCGCCCUUGGUCAACGUUAAUGGUGUUACCAUCCAGGGCGGGCCAUUGGUGAGAACCAUGGACGUGGCGGCUAUGACAAUGGCGUGCGCCAAACGAAGAAAGAAGAGAAAGAAACGAAAGCAGAAAAGACCUACUUUGGGUAACACCGAAGAUGAGGAGGAAGGAGAGUACAGUUCCGAAUGUGAUAACGAUUUAUCGUCUUCCCGACUGCCUUGGUCGGAAUGUCCGGCCGCGAUUACAACGACGACAACGGCCGCGAAUCCUCGGCCGCUCAAUCCCGAGUGCCAGGAGUUUCAACUGCGGCCGGCGCUGCAAUCUCAAGUCCUCUCUAGUCCCGUUUCGACGCCCGCCGUGACCGAGGAGGCCACCGCGACGUAUGCCAACGACGCCGAGACGAAAGCCGCGGACUCGAGUCGCGAGGCCGACGAGGUGCUGCGCGGCACUUCGCCGAGUCCAACGAACCCGGAAGACGCGUCCUGCUCGGAGCAGACGCCACCGGAAAACAAUCCUCCUCCGCAGCCGGCGAUUGGGCGCAAGCCAAGAAACGGGAAGGUUGAAGUUAACGGUCGACUGGACUCGACCGAGAAGGAGGAGGAGGCCGUCUUCGCGGAAGCGCCGACCGACACCGUUGAGAACGAUUCGACCACCGGCGCGCAGAAGCGCGAUUUGCUCGAGAGCAGCAGCGAUGACGGCGUUAGCACGGCGGGCUUGCUGAAGAACCAGUGCGGGAACACCGAGGUAGCUUUGACCAACGGCGAGGCGAACGUCCCGAAACCUGAGGUCCUCGACGACGCGCUUACCGACGACAAAUCUCGUCCAUACUCGACGAACGCAGCGGAGAAGCAGGAGGAGGAGGGGGAGGAGCAAGAUUCUUCACGUCAGUGCAACAAUUCGUCGUUGCCGAGAAAGUACAGCGGCAAGAAGGGUCCGAAAUUCGUGAGGGAGCCUACACCUGGCCCGGAUCUGGACGAGCAAGCGACGCGCUCCUCGGACGUGGAGAACGGCGGCAAGGCCGUGCGACCGCUCGAGCUGUCGGACGACGCGCGCGUGGAUACGACGCGCAACGACAGCAAGGAAACGAUCGAGGGUUCCAACGAGGACUCCGGCUUCGAGAGUCAGACUCGAUUGUCCAAGUAUCCGAUCACGGACGCGGUGACGGAGUGGCUGCGUCGCGCCAAUUCGCCCGACACGUUGUUCCUCACGUCGGCGACGGACAGCGAGACGGACGGGGAGGAGGAUGACGAGGAGAUGAAUGGAAAGCCGCCAAAAAACUUGCAAGGCAACCCCAUGCCUGCACUAUCUGCUAAUAGCGGCGUCGACAACGGUGUCAUCACGACGUUGUCACGCACGGCUAGCUGCGGCGAAUUCGCAAAGUCCAACAACAACAACAUCAACAGUGUCAGGAUGAUCGAUCGGGCGGAGACGAACGGCAAGCGCAAGAAUGACGCAACGAGGAGGAAGGCGGCGAAGAGGAUCGACAAGCGCAACAGCAGCAGGAGCGCCGAUGAGAAACAAUCGGUCGUCGCCUGCUGUCACCGGUUGGAGAACGUCGUCGCGAAGCUGAAGGAUCCGUCGAAGAGCAAUGUUGGUAACAUUUGCGAAUUUACUCAGGAGGAUAGCGUUGCGGGUAUGAGGGUUGCUUCAAGUUCUCGGACAAACUCGAAGAGCGCGAGGCGAGCUAAGACAUCGCGUAGGAUCAAGAGAGAUCCCGUGGAGAACAUCGAUAUCAGGAUGCGGCGUAUAGACGACGGAACGGCGCUCGGCGACAGCGUGAGCGUGCGGACGUUCGAGAAAGGCGAGAUCAUCGUCUCGGAGGACGGCAAGUUGUUGCCGACCUCCUCGUACGAGCCGGUCGCGACGAGAACCGCCGUCGACGUGAUCAACGAAAACGUGGUGCAGGAGACCUGCGAGGAGGAGGAGGAGGAGAAGACGAAGAACAGCAGCGAGAAUGACGAUAACGUUAUGAUGUCCUCGGUCAGCAUAGAGGAGCCAGACGUGUUGGAGUGCUGGGAGGCGGAGACCAUCGAGCCGGUGAUAACGCCGAAGCGAAUGUUGCAGAGCCCGGGUGUCCUGUGCGAGGGCGAGGCCGUCGAGGACGACAGCUUGGAAGUGGAGAAGGCGACCGUCGAGCACGUGCGCAAGUACUACAGGCUGGACAGCGCUAUCAGCAUCGAGGAGGAGCCGAGCGAGGAGGUAUCGGCCCCGAGAACAGUGCCAAAUAAUCCGGAGAGGACGGCGAUCGAGCGACGACGUAUCGAGGAGAUCCCGAUCGUGAUGCCGGACAAAAGCCGGGACAUCGUUCUGGCGGACGAGAAGAUACCCGUCGACGAGGCGUUCGAGGUGUACGAGAGCUGCUACGCCGCCGGCAAGUCGCCGGCCUUCGACUCGAGGAUGUUCAAGCAACAGCGGCCGUUGCUGCAGAACGGCGAGGGCCCGAUACCGUGCCGAGCGGUGUGCUGCAACAUACAAUAAUGGCGCAGUCUCGCCACACGGAACUAUCUGUCCCACAAGGUGGAGAGAACGCGGCGAUGUAUCCUUGCGAUAUGUUGUGUCGCAACGAUGUGUUACCACGGCGACGAUCUUCUCCAACCGUUGCACUACGCGCAUACGUUUGCACCUCACGUUGUUCGAAAUCAAUUAAGAAGAAGUUAUACAUCCUAGCCUCGUCGGGCAGGAUCUAUUAACACACAAAUCGUUGUUCUUUCGAAAGUCCAGUGAGACACGCUCAAGAGGGCUGAAUGGUAUCUCGAAAGCGCGUGAAUCGCGAUCCGUUUUUUGUAAAUAGUUUUUAAGAGUUUGCUUGUGAUCGUAUUUCGUGAAGAAUCUUCAAAAUUUUAUGUAUGAGAGGCAUGCAUUAUAGUCACCACUCUACGAUAGCAUUUUACCUGUCAUUAGCGCUUUGGCUGCCACGUCGCCCCAGGUGAUGCGUGAGUUCCCAGAAAGCGAUGGAUACCCUAGAAAACGUGUCGAUUUCAUAGCUCAUAUGGAGAGAGGGAGGUAGUAUUAAGACUAAAUGAGAACUCAGGCAGUGAAUAUGUAUCGGCGGAUAGUAGGUGCGCUUAUCAUUUCAUUGGUACGGUUGACCUCAAGUUGGUUAUCAGAUUGUACAUUUGAGAUACACGCAAUUUGGUGGGGCUCACGCUCAGGUUCAGCGUGGUAGUCAAAAUGUUAAGGGCAUUGCCGUGUGUCAUUGUUCAUUGCGAUCGUAAGGGAGGAGGAGAUUUCGUAACGGACGUCAGCUUUUAUCUGGACCGAGCUUAACGAGGGGCAAUACGUUGUUUUCUCUGAAUACAUAAAAAAGAGCGUGAGUUUUAUUUUGAAUGAAAUGAAAGAAGGAGAGAAUGAGAGGAGAGGCAUAUAAAAUGUGUGCCAGGCUGUUAUUUUUAACAUUCUCGCUACGAUAUCUCGUAACGCACUUUGCCGAAGCGACAGAAGCAUUAUUUUUACAAUCUAUAUAAAAGACACGAGUGUUAAAAAAGACUAAGACUUGUUGUAUCACUCUGGAUGGCCUUCGCUUAAGGGAAGUUUCGAUCGCUCACAAUUAUUCGACUCUCAACGUCAUCGGAGUGACCCCGCAUGUUUACUACCCGUGAGGUUUUAGUUUUUUCUUCCGUUUUAUUUCUUCCUUGGUUUUAUUUUCGUAUUAAUUUUUCUUUUUCUUUUUUUUUCCGUUUUUCCUUUUGUUUCCUUUUCUUUCGCCGAGAACGGACGUAUAUUUACACGUAUUGUAAUCGAGGAAAAUCGACAGAGUUGAUCGUUCUAGAGAGAUAACACAUGCUUUUAAGUAGCAUACGUAUUAAUCAUGCAGAAAGUAAUAUCACGUUUUUUCGUAGAAGGUACUAGUAGAAAGCGGGCGGCGGUAAAGACAGUGAGCUACAUUAGACCUUACCUUAGCUGUUAUUAGGAGGUAUAAGAACGAGAUAUGUACAUAGAGAAAGCUUACGAGAGACAGUUAAAGAGUAAAAUCCACAUUCAAUCGGAGAGAUCGCGGGAGACCAAUGCUCGUUUCUAUUCAUUAUGGUUUAAAUCUAAUCGACGAUUAAUUUAAUGGAAUUGACCCAAUCACAUUGAUCAAUUCGGCUAAAUUGGCCAAUGCUAUUGGUCAGUUCGUUAAGUUAAUCGUCGAUUGGAUUUAAAUCAUCACGAUAAAAACGGGCGUAAGUCUGUUUUUUGUUCUUUUCUUUUUUUUUUUCUCCAAUAUAAACACCGAUUUCGGCGGACUCCGGAAUCGGACGAGAGCGCACCGCAAAGACGCAUUAUGUGUACUUAAACACACACACACACACACACGUAAGAGCUGCACUUGUUAACGACAUAGUCCACGCUUUAGUUCAUUUUGUGUCAAGAAGUAGAGAGAAAGAGAGAGAG